AUGGCUAAAACUAAUCUAUUUUCUCUUCAUUCUUCUUCUAUUUUCUCUACAUUUGCAAUCUUUACUUUAUUGUUUUCAUUACCUUUAGCGUGUUGUUGGAAUAAUUACUUGUCAAGAUCUAAAGCUUGCAUAUUAAAUGUCACAACUUCUCUUCAAAAAAUAACUCCAAAUUUCCCUAAGUUAAAUCCACCAUAUCUUCAAAGUAGUAAUUCUUCACAUAGCUUAAAACUAGUACAAUCAAGUAACUUAACAUCGUUUAGGUACUCAUAUUACCAGCAAAACAACGAUCAUUAUAAAUCACAACUUGUAUAUCGAGUGGCUCGGGACUCAAUUCGAAUCAAGUCAAUCCAAAACCGUCUAGAUGUAGCCAUUGAACCAAGUCUAAGAUCUCCGAUCAUAUCAGGUAUAAGCCAAGGUAGUGGGGAGUACUUCAGUCGAGUGGGUAUUGGACAACCAGCACGUGAAAUAUAUGUAAUAAUUGAUACAGGAAGUGACUUAAGUUGGGUACAAUGUGAACCAUGCACACAAUGUUACAUCCAACCUGACCCUAUAUUCGACCCAAGCCAAUCUACCUCAUUUGUGUCUCUCCCGUGCAACUCCACCACAUGCAACGCCCUCGACGAGUCUGAGUGUCAUGCUGGGAGCUGCAUUUACGAGGUCUCGUACGGCGACGGCUCCUACACCACAGGUGAGUUUGUUACUGAGACCAUUACUUUCGACGGUGGUUCCUCUGUCGGGGACUUUGCUAUCGGUUGCGGUCAUAACAAUGAUGGAUUCUUUACCGGAGCGAGUGGCUUACUUGGUCUUGGUGGAGGAGCAUUAUCUUUGCCUUCUCAAAUAAAUGCUACAUCAUUUUCAUAUUGUCUUGUAGAUCGAGAAUCCAACUCAACUUCUUCCCUUAAUUUUAACACCAAUACAACAAUACUUCCUCCUGACCCUACAUUGAUCACAGCCCCAUUACUUAGUAACCCAACAGCAGAGACAUUCUACUAUCUAGGACUGAUUGGUAUCAGUGUAGGGGGAACAGAGUUAACUGUUCCUACUACGGCUUUCCAAAUAGACAAAGACGGGAGUGGAGGGGUGAUAAUCGACACUGGAACAGCGGUAACUCGACUCGAAACUCGAGUUUACGAGUUGUUGAGAGACGAGUUCAGGAAGGGGACAACUCACCUUCCAACAACAGAUGAAGUAGCAAUAUUUGAUACAUGUUAUGAUCUAAGAGGUAAAGAAAGUGUGGAGGUUCCAACACUCGAGUUUCACUUUGCUGGUGGCAAGACUUUGGCAUUGCCAGCUAAAAAUUAUGUCAUUCCAGUUGAUACAGAGGGAACUUUUUGCUUGGCUUUUGCUCCAACAACAGCAUCAAUGUCUAUAAUUGGGAAUGUGCAACAAGAAGGAAUUCGUGUUGGCUUCAACCUUGUUUAUUCCUUAGUCACGUUUGAGCCCAAUCAAUGCUAG